AUGAGCUUGUUUGGCCUCAAAACAGAACAUGAUGAUUUGCUGAAAUUCAUCGUCAAAAAGGCGGAGUCCGUUACAUCGCCGUUCAAUUUAAGACAGUUGUGUAGAGAGUUCAAAACGAAAAAUGGAUCGGGGCGCUCAGCGAAACAGUUGGCGGAUAGAAUCGGGCGGUACCGGGAACGAAUCCAUGAGUUGCCGGAUGUCGACAAUGUGACGAAAGUGAAAAUGAUGUUCGCAGUGAAAGCGUCGGUCGACGGAGAAUUUUUGGAAUUAAUGCAAAAAUCGGCAGAAGUCGAGGUGGACGAACGGAAUCGGAUUCUGAAAUACAGAUCAUUCGAUGGACGCGUUUUACUAGCCAUCGAAGAUAGAUAUAUUGAAGAAAACAAAGAAUUCAUUAAACUUCUUCGCGAUGAGUCAAAAACCGCGAAUUCUCCGAUUAAUUUGAGUGCUUUAUGUCAGAAAUUCAAGGAAUUAUGGAAAUCGAACACAGCGAAGAGCGUUUUCUUGGAGAAAAUAAUCAAAUAUCGUCAGAAAAUUCCAGAAAUGAAAGAGCUGGAUUUGGAUGAGAAGGCGAGAAUGUUGUUCGCGUUGAGUGCGCCGAUUGAUCCGAAUUUUUUGAAAAAACUGCAAUGGGAGUCGUAUGUCGAGGUGGAUCAUCUCAAUCGAAUCGUUAAGUAUCAGAGUGAGAAAGGACUCAAAUUGUGUGGAAUACAUUUUUUUCAAGACGAAACAUUCAAGGCGGCAGUAGAUAAGAAGACGAAGAAGACAAUAAAGAAGAAGUGA